AUGAAUGCGAUCCAUAUGAAAAUCAUAUUUUUCAAUAUUUUCGUGCGAUUGAUCGCUAUUGGAAUUUUUGGAAAUCAGAAUCAGUUGGACAUUCGUUCGGGAAUGCAGUAUCCAAGGAUCAAAGUGACAGGAUACAAUGUUCUGGAUCACGAUGGUAAACGGUACGAGGUGCUAUGCGAUCUGAUUGUGCGCGAAUACGAUCGAUUACUGGUGAGAGCGAAUUCGGACUACGAGGUCGACGAAAAUUUCAUGCGACGAUCCGACGGGACCGACAUGCUGUUCCGUUCGAAUGGCGAAUUGAUCGUCCAUUUUACUGAUGGUACACGCAUUACGACUGGCUAUAAAAUCGAAGAAGAACCUUUGAUCUGUGAUUGGACAGUGGACGAGUUUCAACGUUACUUUGGAUCGAUCAAAUUAUAUGAACACGGUGAUGAACUUUUCGAAGUAAACUCUCGUAGCAACAACAGCAAUAACAAGGACAACAGCAACGAACUUUGGCAGGAAGAACCUUUAAACGAGAAUGGUCGAUACGAAAAUGAAAUGACGAGGAUAUUGAUCGCAGACGGCUUUGUCUCGGUUCUAUUGACUUGCCUGUUCGAGCACAAGAACUAUGCUAGUGUAUCCUACGAUCAGUCAGCAGUUAGUUGCACUCUAUCGAUGCCAGCCGAUCUUCGAGUCAGCAUAUCGCGAAGAGGUCAUUACGAAGUUUGGGCGCCUGGCGAAGUUAAUCUCAAGAUUCCGAAAGUCAAACCGACGAACAGCGACAGAAGAGAUUUGCUACGUAGUACGUAUUCGAUUCCAUACGAUUGGCUCUUUCCAUUUGGCAGAAACGGCCAUGGAAUUUGCAGCGAUACAUACGACAUGCCGUUGGCCAAAACUAUUGAGAGACGCCCACCGAGAACUCUGCGGCUUCGUAUAUUGCAUGGUUUCAAAGAACCCGAUAGAAAUGCCAUAAUCGAUUUACAAAAAGCUAUGGCAUGCUAUUGGCGAUACUUGUUAGACAAUGUCGAUGAAUGUCGAAGGUAUCUCCCCGGUGAAGAGUGUGUUCUUUCCGAACUCGAAGACGAUUACAAAACUUGGAAAGAUAAUAUCAGAGAGUUCGCUCUCGGUAUACGAACGAAUAUUGACGUUGCGACUUAUGUUGAUAGUUUGCAACGAUGUCAAAUAAAAGAAAGUCCGAAGAAAGCAGAACACACGUCUAAUAGGUUGAAGGAUUUGAUGGAAUCGAAAAAAACAAACGAGAUCCAGCUCGAAUGGUAUAAACGUUGCUGGAGGGAUCAAAUUAUCCUGCCAUAUUUCAAGAACGUCGUUGAUGCUAUUAUCCUGGAUAUGAUGGAAGCCUUCGAGAUAGGACACUCUCAACGUUUCGAACAAAACUGA